GUGUCUUUGACUUGACUUACCUACCAUGCCACUAUCGCUUACUACUUCCGUUCAGUAUUUCGUAUGGGAUGAUUGCUAAUACCACAAUCUAGCGGACAACAGCUUCGGCUGUAUGUCCAAGUCGUCCGCACGUGACGACGCUGAAAGCCGCUCCCAAGUCUCGAGCAGCCAUGGCCCCGAAAACACCGCGGAAUAAGAAGGUGCCUCCUUCAUCAAACGUCGAGAAGAAUGCCUCUCAGGAGCCCGCAGCCUCUGUUGCGAUUAACUAUGGCGAGGUACAGCUCGAAGAGAUCGAGGUCCUCCAGGCGAUCUACAUGGAAGACUUUGAGGAAGUGGAGGUGAAGACUGUCUGGAGUACGACCACCGACCGAAGCUUUAACCUGAAACUGAGGUCCUUCACCGAUCCAGAUGACCUUGUUGUGCUCGCAAUCCGCUUGACGGCGACAUAUCCGAAAACUGUGCCAUUGCUUGCCGUUGAAGGACUGGAGCGCUAUCAUGAACGAACUCAGAAACGAAUUCACAACAUCAUCCAACAUCGCCCCAAAGCCCUUUUGGGUGAAGUGAUGAUUCACACGAUUGCAAAUGAGAUUCAAGACGCCUUGGAGGACGCGGUCCAGGCUCGUCAACAAGGCGCCUUACCUAGCCUCGAGGACGAGCGCGCAAGCGCUGAAGAGGUCGCCACAGCUUCUGCGAAACAAGCAGAAGAAGCAGAGGCACGCAGACAGACGGAGGCGCGGGAAGAAGAAGAUCGGGUAUUGAAGCAGAUGGUCGACGAGGAGAUCACCCGACGUGAGAGCCGGAAGCCUGCGAAGCCUACCGCCGAUGAUGAUUCCCGAGGCCGAAAAGGUGUCGAAACGCAGGUCGUCUCAUUCGACCAACCCGCGACCUUCCAGAUCGACAAUGAGAUUGUCCAGUUCAACGAGACGAUGUUUGUAAGUUCUUUAUCCAAAGAACGAGGCCGAGAAGUGUUCUUGGCCAAGCCUCUGCCGCUGGAGGGCCAGUCAACCAAGCUCGUGGUUGUAAAACGAAUCGAUCUGCGCCAAAGCAAAAGUGACAUCAUGGAGCUGGAAGAGAACCUCGCCGCUACAGUGAAGGUUCGCCACGCUGGAUUGCUCAGCCUGUUUGCAUUUCGAAUCGACAAGCUAGACGACUUGAGAUCGGAUUUGGUUCUCUGCACGGAGUAUGCCGAUCGAGGAACUCUCUUAGACUUACUCAGCAUCGGUAGUAUCGACACGGACAAGGCUCGGCGGUUUACCAUCGAGUUGCUGGAGGGUCUCGAGUGUCUUCAUCGAAAUGGCAGUGUACAUGGUCGUCUCGAUGCUCGACAUGUUCGAAUCGUGAGCAAGCCUGUGAUUUCAGUCAAGAUAGCCGGCUUCGGUUUCGCCUGGUCUUUGAUGAAAAAGGACAAACUGCCCGGAAGAUGGGUGACCCCCGAGGCUUGCGAUCUGUCCACCGCCGCUCUUCGCAAGUCGGAUAUCUGGCAAUUCGGCGAGGUCGUUGCCCAAAUGUUUCUUGGGCUCGAUGUCGUGAAGAAGUACAACUCCCCACAGAUGAUGCUGGACAGAAUGCCUCUAUCUGACUCUUUUGAUGAUCUGCUACGACGGGUGUUCCUGCCGGACCCCAAGAAGAGGCCAUCAGCAUUCGACAUUCUAACUGCUGAGUUCUUACGCACCAACGAUCCCGCAGUGAACGACCCUCGUCAUCCAGCACUAAGUGACAGGCACGAACGGACAAAGUCUGGCAGCUUUGGAGUCGGAUCUCCGGCGAGACGGCGAUCUCGUCCCAACUCAUCGGCCCAGCUCGAGCCAAUGUCACGCUAUGCAACCGAUUUCACGGAGAUUGGCCGCUUGGGUAGAGGCGGCUUCGGCGAGGUCGUGAAAGCGCGGAACAAGCUGGAUGGUGGAGUGUAUGCGAUCAAGAAAAUCAAGCAAGCCCCGCAACUACUCGAUCAAGUCAUCUCCGAAGUCAUGCUUUUGAAUAGAUUAAGCCAUCCUUACGUCGUGAGAUAUUUCACCACCUGGAUCGAGGAGGACUUUGCCGGCUCUGUUUUCGACACCUCAACGACCGACGCUGAAACAACGACGACCGACGCUGCGGUGGAGGAUGAUACCGGUGAUGGAUCGCAACUUGAUUUUGGCUAUCAGAGCACGGGAGGGCUUGACUUCUUGAGCUCCAGCGGCUUUCCUCAUAUCGAAUUCGGGAACGACUCUGAAGACGAGUCAUCCGAUGAAGAGAACGGUGGGGAUGAGGAAUCUGACGAUGACUCCGCGAUCCCCAGUCCGAAACAUGAGCAACGCCGAAGUAUGGAAGUGCGGUCGAGCGCGCAACGACCGCCAUCCACGCUAUACAUCCAGAUGGAGUAUUGUGAGCGCCAUACUUUGCGGGACUUGGUUCGAAAGACGAUGGCCAUUGACGAGACUUGGCGCUUUGUGAGGCAAAUCACGGAAGGUCUCGCGCACAUUCAUGGUCACGGAAUCAUCCAUCGGGACUUGAAGCCUGACAACGUCUUCAUCGACAUCGCCGACAACCCCAAGAUUGGCGAUUUCGGCCUAGCAACCCCGUCCCAACAACUGUUCGCAGAGAAGACGGUGGUCAUGAGCGGUUACAGCGCUGGAGACAUCACUCGAAGUGUCGGGACUGCGCUCUAUGUGGCGCCAGAGCUGAGGUCCGCCUCCGGAAUCUCCUACAAUCAGAAAGUAGACAUGUACUCCCUCGGAAUCAUCUUCUACGAAAUGUGUGAGCCGUUCGCUACCGGCAUGGAGAGAGUGGACGCCAUCCAACGCAUCCGAGAAAAGGGGUCUGAACUGCCAUCCGCCUAUCAGCCCUACGGGCCCAAAGCUGCCCAAGGCAAGCUUAUAUCCCGACUCAUCUCACAUAAGCCAAGCGAGCGGCCAAGCAGCACUGAACUGCUGCGCAGCGACAUGCUUCCGGUCAAGAUCGAGGACGAGACAAUUCGAAAGGCUCUGAGCGGUUUGUCCGACCCGCGCUCUCCGUACCACCAGAAGAUGAUGUCCGCAUUGUUCACGCAUGAUUCCGCCAAUGAGACCCGAAUCAAGGCUUUGGCCUGGGAUGCCCGAUCAUCUGUCUCUGUGGCGGACGCUUCCACCCUUCGGCUGAGAGCCAUUGCGAGAGACGCUCUGGAAACAGUAUUCCGGCGGCAUGGGGCGGAAGAAGCUCGAAGGCCAUCCAUCUUCCCCAAAUCUGCGAUCUAUACUGAUGCCAGCGUCGUGCAGCUGCUAGACGCGUCUGGGAAUCUGCUUCAGCUCCCGUACGAUCUGGUCCUGCCACACGCAAGACAGUUGGCCCGACAGUCUUCUGAGUCGAGGUGUACCUUCACCUUUGGAAAAGCGUAUCGGGACGCCUUUGAUGGAGGUCCGCCUCGAGUCAGUGAGGAGGUCGACCUCGAUAUUACGAACAACGAAAACGACAUCAAUCCCGCCUUCAACGAUGCAGAGGUCAUCAAGAUCAUGGACGAGGUCAUCUCCGAGAUGCCUCUUUUCGCCACUGCCAAUACAGUGUGCUUCCACUUGAAUCAUUCGGGAAUUUUGGACGCCGUCUUGGGACACUGUCGAGUUGCACGCGCUCAGCAAACCGCGGUGAAGGAGAUCAUCAGUAAGCUGGGCUCUCAACAGCACCCCUGGAGCAAGAUUCGAGUGGAGUUGAGGAAGUUCGGUUUGCCGGACACCACUCUGGACGAUAUUCAUCAGUUCGACUUUCGCGAUGUCCCGGACAAGGCGUUCGCUCGGUUGACCACUCUCCUGCGUGGUGCGAAUGGGCAAUUGCGAACAUCGCUGGAGACCGCCGUCCGAUCUCUUGGAGACACGAUACGGCUUCUAUCGGCCCUUGGGAUUACAAGAAAGACUUUCAUCGCUCCGCUCAGCAGUGUACAUUCGAAGUUCUAUGAGGACGGGCUCCUCUUUCAGUGCGUGCUCGAACGCAAAUUCAACCUUCUCGUCAUCGCAGCGGGCGGCCGGUACGAUAGCUUAAUCAAGGCCCACCGUCCCCCGGAGGGACGCACGAAGCUCCAAGGCUGUGUCGGCGUGUCCAUCGCGUUGGACAGCAUCGUGGCACACAUGGCACGGAGUAGCGAAGCAGCCUCUUCGUCAAAGAAGGCACACGCGAGGGACCAGAGCUCGAUGCAGAUCGCGAAGCGCUGUGAUGUGUUAGUCUCCGCCACCGGCACCGAAGACAUCGAACUUGCUGGUGUCAAGCUCUUGGCAACCCUCUGGGACAACCACAUCAGCGCGGAGCUCGCAAACGGGCAGACGUCCCGCAACAAGGACCACCAUUUCACGGUGGUGCUCAAGCACGAGGCGUCAAACACGGUCAAAGUCACAAGCGCCGCUAAUGACGCCGAAGAGAUCGAUGUAGCAGUGCCAAGUCUGGUGAGCUACUUGCAGCAAGAGCUUCGAGACCGGGAGAGCACAUCCAAAGCACGACCAGCGUCGCUCCUGCGUCAGGCGAGUCAGCCUGACGGGGAUCGAAAGAGCGACGUGCAUGUUCUGAUGGCUCGACAUGGCAGCAAGAAGUCGAACAAAUAUGGCAUUGUGAGUGAUGCGCAGGAGCAAUGGUUUCGCAAACUCGAGCAGGCCAAAGAUGCACCCAUCUUGGCCGUCGAAACGCGCGACGACGUUCUCGACUUGAUUCAGCAGACCAGACUCGGCGAUGCGGAGAGCUGGCGGAAGGCAGUGCAGGGCGUGCCGCUUAACGACCGGCAGUACGUGCAGCAGAUCCAGGACAUGCUGCUUUCAUGGCGGAAAGGGUGGGAAGAUGGGGCGAGGAUGAGGGAGGCGUGCAUCUUCAACUUCCGCACGCAGCGGUGCAUGUACUACGACCUGGGCAUGUAGAAAUGUGAAAUGGAGAGAUC